UGUUUCUUCUGUCUGGUACCGUUUAUCCGCCCUCUUACCCCGGCAGGUGGCGAUGGCCCGGACCUAUCACUAACAGGUCGAUCACAUGAGCUCCUCUGCAGCCAGGAGUUCAGUUUAGGAGUGUAUCCGGACUAAAGAGAUGGCUCUGCUAAUGGAGCACCAGUUCAGACAGCUGCCAGCUGACAGACAAGUGGAAACAAGACCGUUUCUGGAAGCUGUGUCAUACCUUCCACCAUUCUUUGACUGCCUCGGCUCUACUAUCUUUGCACCGAUCAAGGCUGACAUAUCGGGUAACAUCACAAAAAUCAAGUCCAUUUAUGAUAGCAACCCUGGACGGUUCAAGACUCUCCAGCAGAUUUUGGAGGCAGAGAAGGAAAUGCAUGGAGGAGAAUGGCCCAAAGUUGGAGCAACUUUGGCACUUAUGUGGCUAAAAAGGGGUCUAAAAUUCAUCCAAGUUUUCCUUCAGAGCCUGGUGGACGGUGAAAAGGACGAGAACAAUCCAAACCUUAUCCGAGUCAAUGUCACCAAAGCCUAUGAAAUAGCACUUAAAAGAUAUCACGGCUGGUUUGUGCAACAACUGUUCAAGGCGGCUCUUUUUGCUGCUCCGUAUAAGUCCGAUUUCCUGAGAGCCCUCUCCAAGGGUCGGGAUGUCAAGGAAGAGGACUGCUUGGAAAAAAUCAGAAAAUUUCUCAUCAACUUCUCUGCAACUGUUGAUGCUAUAUAUGACAUGUACAAUAAGAUGAAUGCUGAUCUAGACUACACAGUGUAAAUGCAGGACUUCCCUGCGUUUUCCUCAGUGGGAGUGAUGUAAUCAUUAAGUCGUUUAUGUUCAGUAGCUCUGCAGUCCACAUGUUUAAAAGACAGCUCACUGUGACAGAGCAUAAUAUUCACUUCCGGCUUUGCUGGUGAAUCUUUUCCUCAAUCUUAUUUGAUUCUGGGACGAGAAAUCCAAAUAUAGCUAUACAGUAAAUAUUGUUUUUACAUAACAAUUGCAUUUCUUUACUCUGUGUUUGAACAUUCGUGUUGCAUUCAGCUUUUAAAUUAUUGUUGGGUGUUUAUAUCUAUUCUUAUGAGUACUCAGUACACAGAAAUGUGUUAGAACUUUACCAGGAAUCAAAGUUAACUUAACCAGACAGGACCGAGACGUUAAUAUGUGGGAUAUCUGAUGCUGAUAUAUUUAAUCAGCCUGUGACAAGUCAUCACAAAAUAUAAGAUUAAUUAUGAAUUAGAAAGUUUCUAAUCACACGGAGGAAACAAUAUAAAUUGGGAAACGGUUUAAUUUUGCCAUUAUAAUGGGUGUCAUAGUGUCAUGCUACCUUUAAGCAAUAUCUCUCUAACACAGGGCUCUAUGGUAGUUACACUGAAGUGAAUACAGAGAGAGAAGAAUCCAUAUGUUUCAGCUUAUCCACCAAACACUGUAUUGUAUAGCUGUCUGUGAUUGGAGUUAAACUUAAUCAUUACCUGCACUACAACCAGCAAUCACUAUCAUGACUUCCAGUAUUUAGGGCUCCUCUCUCUAUUCCUGCUCUACAUGAACAUUCUCUAUUGCACACACCUGUUUGUGCCUUAAGCUGGAGGUGCGGCUCAUUUAAGCGACUGUGUCAGCUUUUCUGUGUUUGAUUGUUUUUAUUGUUUUAUACAUCAUUCACUAUUAAAGGCAAAGUCUGCCUAACGUAUACUUAGCUGCUAUGCUAAGUUGUGCUGUCUUAAGCAGUGCUUCAUCAGUGUUUCUCAUUCUAAAGGCGCUUUUUACCCUUUAAGCAUCAUUUUAAAAAGGUUUUUCAUUGCAGUUUUUCACAUCUCUAAAGGAGUAAUUUCAAGUAAAUGUCAAAUGAUUGAUGAGUGUGGUGUGUCUUCUCGCAUUAUGUUGCAGUGUGUGUACUGUACAAGAAAACGAAUAUUUUUCUUUCAUAUUAUGUAUUAAAAAAUGACAGUUUGUGUGAUUAUCAAUGAAA